UCAGAACAGUUACGUUACAUUUCCUUUAAAAGCAUGUAGCAAGAUAUUGCUUUACAAAAAGGAGAGGAUAUAACACAGUUUUUAAGUAAUCUCAAUUUGGAGGUGAAAAAUAUGAGUGAAUCUAACUGGUAUUUCAGCAAGUCUCGAUAAUUUGGGUUCUAAAAAAAAUUUAAGAAGGCAUCAUGUCAUCCUCAGACUUUGAUGCGCUGAACGACGCUCUUAUCAGUGGCAGCCACGAGACCAUCAAUUUUCUUUUAUUCAAGAAAAUAAAAUUAUCCAAAGAAUCUCUACUACAUAAGUGCCUUCACAGGAGAAAUCACUCCAUCCUUGAACUUCUUCUGCAUCGUGGUGCCAAUGUCAACCACACAGACAAAAAUGGUAAGUCAAUUCUGGAACUCGCCAUCGAAUACUCAUUUCCAGAAUUUGUGAAAACUCUCAUAAAUCACGGUGCCAGUUUAGACGUCAAAACGAAAAUUUCCAUAGACAAAUACAACACCGAUUAUUCCCUUCUUCAUAAAGCCGUUAACGUUGGAAACAUUGAAAUCAUAGAAUUGUUAUUAAAAAAUGGCGCCAACCCUAAUCAAAAAUCAAAAAAUGGUGUUCAUCCAUUAUCCUGCAGAUGCCAAAACGAUUGUUAUUAUUAUAUGAUGCACUUUGAGUCCAAUUAUGCUUUUCGAAAAACGCUAACUGUCCUAGAUGUUGCAAUUCUUUGCAAUCCCAAACAAGGAAACCAAAUAGUCGAUUUGCUUUGUAAAAACGGGGCUAUUGUUGAACUUCAAACCGAAUAUUACCUGCCACUUCAUCUUGCAGUUUUGGAAGCUACUGACACAUCAAAAAUGGACAAGUUACUCGAAUACGGCGCCAACAUUAAUUCCCUCUGUGAAAAUUUUGGAUACACGCCACUUGCUCAUGCCGUUUUAAAAGAAGAUGAAAAAACUGUUUCCCAUUUGUUGAAAAAGGGGGCGAGUUUUUUAAAAUACAGCAUCAAUGCUGUUCUUCAUCAACUAAUUCUGCAUGCUAGUCCCAAAAUGGAAAAAUUUCUCGCACUUCUUAUCGAUUCUGGCGCGGAUAUAAACUCAAAAAAUGAAAUGGGAAAGACACCACUUCAGAUUGCGAUUGCUGAUUUUAGGAGUAAGAAUUAUUUGAGAAUUCUUAUGGAUUUUGGUUCGGAUGUAAAUUUACAAGAUGGAGAGGGAAAUAGUCCACUUCAUUGGGCAAUUAGAAUGGGUAAUGACGUAGCUCUUCAGACAUUGCUAGAAUAUGAUGCUGAUGUUUCGAUUUUGAAAAAGAGUAAUGAAUAUCCUUUAGUAAGUGGGAUUCGAAAAAUUAAUAUGUUCAGUUUGACUACAAGAUUUAUGUCUCAUGACGUAUCUUCUGAACUUACAGUGAGGUUCUUUUCGGCUGAAAUGAAUGUAUUUUUCUUAAUUCAGAUUAUUAUUGUAAAAGAAGUUACGGGGAAAUUCCUGGAUGACAAAUUGUUGACUUUCGUUAAAAAGAACUUGGAUUAUUUUUAUAGAGUAUUUCUCAAGGAACUGGAAGGAAUGCGAGUGAAGGCAGUUAAAGCGAAAGUUUCUUAUUUUGAUCUGUUGACGAAAAGUGCCAAAGAGGUUGAACCUUAUAUGAGUCAAAAGAUGAUAGAAAAUUUGCAGACUUCAGAGAUUGAUAAAAAUUUUCCGUUUUAUGCACAAAUGAUGAAAAUGCGAAUUUCCAAGAUCAAGGAGAGAUUGAUUUUAGUAGAACACAGCGGCGGAUUUUUAAAAACUGUUUUUCGAUUAAAGUUCAGUCCACCAAAUAUUAUUUGUGAGAUGAUUUGCAGUUAUUUAAGUUCGUUUGAUUUGAUAAAUUUUUGGAGAGUUUGUAAGCAUCCAGAAGAAUAUUUGUCGACGUUGUUGGAUCGUCCUGUCCAAUAAGAAUGAAAAAACAGGACUGUGUUAUUUUGGUUGCGAGGGUUUGCAUUUAUUUAGAAAUAAUUUUUUAUUAUGUACAAACAACGACAUUUAAUAAUAAACCGAACAAUAAUUAUUUAUGA